AUGUUUACCCAUUCUUCUAUUCCUGCCAUUACCAUCAAUAGUGUAGACCUCUCGCAGAGCCUUGAGGUAUCCUCGAUUGCAAACGACACAAGCAGCCAAGAAGCUAUUGAGGGUAGGCUUUACCAUGGUCCCGAAACACUACAGGGUGACAUCCCAGCUGUGGCACCUACAAAGAAGCGCUGUUACGUUCUCAGAAAAGUCAUAAAAGGCACAUCAAAGGUAGUAAAUGCUUUCACCAGAGUUUAG